UCUCCUCCUUCAUGCCUCGGCGCACAGUGGCUUGGGACCCAAUACGCAGCGAAGGUAACCCCACUAGAUCCGAGGCUGUAAACGCGGUGAUCAAGAAGGUUAAGCGCUGCGAGGUUCGUGGGGAAGGCGUGCAGUCGGCAGCUAGGCGCCCGAUUGAGUACGAAGAGUUCAUCAACCUGCUGGACCAAGUUCAUUCCAGCAACGACAAAGGGGCCAUUAAGUAUCUAGUGUCUGCUGUGCUCACCUUGCAAUGGCAUCUCAUCGCCCGCAUUGACGAUAUGAUGAAGAUGAAGUUUGACAGUUUCUCGUGCAGUAUCCACCACCCGGGAACUCUUAACUGCCAGCUGCGCUGGUCAAAAAACAUAUCUGAGGAGCGUGAUGCUCCGGAACAAAUUGUACUUGGCAGUAUGAACCCUCGUGUAUGUGUACUACUUAAUUUGGCGGUGCAUGUGGAGACGACUGACAGUAUAGCAGUCUCGCCUUACGUAUUUGGUAAUGCGCAAGACGGUGAUCGAGUCAUCCGACGCUUUCUUCAAGAUAUUUUCGAUGGAGCUGACUUCCACAAGCUAAAACCUGGCAAUCUCGGUACACACAGCUUACGAAAGGGAGCUGCAACGUGGCGCACACGAAAAAAUGUUGUCGACGUAUACAUCGACAACACUCAACCAUAUCCGGACGCUAUAGCGGCUGGUAGGUUGGCAAGUCCUCUAGGUCCAUGCUGCUACACUCUCCAAGAAGGUGUACAGGCCGUCACGAUUGACUUGCUAGUCAAUCACAUUGGUCCGGCUAUUAAAGAAGUUAUGGGGGAGGGGGUCGCUCGGGUGCUGGCGCUGCCGCUGCUGUGGGCGUCUUUGGUUCCAAGUGGGAGUUUCGACUACGAUUUGGUUCAAAUUGCACUAAAACAACGCGUUAUUCAAGCCUAUAUCGAUGCCGGAGACAACACUGCAGUCAACCCCGUGAAGCGUGUGCCCUUUCACAUUGUUGGUGAUGGAGCACAACUUCAACUUCUGAUCCAAGGCAUCACAGCCUCGGACAACAUGCGUAAGGAGUUUGCAGCCGUUCACUCCCAGCUCUUUGGCAUGCAGCACCAGAUUGCUAACGUUCUGAAUGGGGUCCUCAGGCUGAGGACGGAAAGCCAACGAAACAAACAAAAGGUAAUGGCGGUUCUGCGACGUAUAGCAUUGCAGCCAGCUGCUCAUCUUUACGAGUUGUGGGGGGAGUACGAGUUUGGCUUGAAUGGGGUGAAGGCAGCAAGAGAGUACACGGCGGCUGAACGCGGAGCCAACAAGUUUGCCUACUCACGCCGUAAGAUGUUUUGGGAUGUAGUAGCCACAAUGGUUAGAGCUGGAUAUAGUAGCGAUGUCGCUGUGGACAGGAUCUACGCUAUUUACGGUCGACAGCUCCCGGUAACCAGCAUUCUACUUGCACUUCGCCGUGACAAGCAGCAAGGUGGUCAUCCGUCACUGCGCUUGUAG